AUGGCGGCGGCGAUUCGGGGGCGGCGUUUCAAGUGGUCGUUGGAGCUGGCGGCGGCGCCGGGUGGGCGAUGCUUGGGCCCUCGCUGCUGGGACGUGGCACUGGCGCCGCUGAAGCAGAUCCCCAUGAACCUGUUCAUCAUGUACAUGGCCGGCAACACCAUCUCCAUCUUUCCUGCCAUGAUGGUCUGCAUGAUGGGCUGGCGUCCACUGCAGGCCCUCAUGUCCCUCUCUGCCACACUGAAGGCACUGGAGAGCUCAAGCCGGCGGGCACUGCAGGGGCUGGUGUUCCUGGUGGGCAAUGGGCUGGGGCUGGCACUGGCCCUCUACAAGUGCCAGGCCAUGGGACUGCUGCCCACCCGCCCUUCUGACUGGCUGGCCUUCGUGGCCCCCCCACAGCGAAUGGAGUUCACUGGUGGAGGACUGAUCCUGUGACACAGUGCGCCCAUCCACCAGUAAAAGCAAUGGCAUGCUGGUGACAUGAUUCUGGGG